AUGCCGCAGAACGACCCCCCUCCCAUCUUUUCUCUCGAACCUCUGAAUGCCGGGGCUUUUGAGGUUUUGACCGCCGAUCAAAAUGCUCACUUACGGAACGUUUUGCUUGACGGGUCUAAGGACGUUCUUUCAGUCGGUCAAUUUGCUGGGGGAGAGUCGAGGUAUACCCUUGCCACAAUAGGGCGUGGUACCGAUGCAAAUUGGGAGAUCAUGCUCCGAGAUUGGUCGACACAGCAGUCGACUCAAGUUUCCCGCGAGAAUGCGAAUGCUAUUGAUGGAAGGGGCGGUAUUCGUCAAGUCGUCCUGGAUGAUGCGAAACCUGUCGACUUCGGUUUUGGCGGUCCAGCCUGCAAUGCGUAUCAGUUCAGACUGCAUUGGCAUAUGAAACCGGCCGAGGUGAAGCUCGUCGGUCGACCAGACCUUCCUCACAACGCCCCGACCGCUCUUCCAACCCCAGCUACCCGCAUCCAUCCUACUAUCGCACAGAUGACUAUCCGAUACUUGGAGCGAAAAAGACUCGGAGGCGGAGUUUCGGGCCAAGUUUUCAAGGUCGUAGAUGUUGAUCGCGGCCACCAUGUGGCUAUGAAGCGGAUGGACCAACCCCAAAUUCAAUCUGUUGCCCACGCCCGGUUGAAGGCCGAAGUCAAUUUCUUGCGUCGUGCCUCUCAUGAAAACGUCGUUGAAUUUCAGGGGUAUCAAUAUAAUGCCACUUCUGUCGAAAUUUUUACCGAGUUGAUGUCUGGUACCGUCGAUGAUCUGAUGAUCCAAAACUUCUACUCCGACCACUCUCCUCGUGUCGACACAAUCUCUUACACCGGCCCUAACACUCACGUCAGCUCGCUCCUGCACCAAACCCUGAAGGGGCUUGACUACCUGGCGACUCAGAAGAUGGUCCAUCUGGAUAUCAAGCCAGAUAACAUCCUGUACUCGCUUGGCCCCAAAGGCGAGUACGUGUAUAAACUGGCUGAUUUUAGCACCGUUCAUGCGGUUGGUGCCGGCGGCAUGGACCGCACCGGCACAGAGAUGUACAGAGCACCAGAACUAAGCAAGGAGGGAGCAAAGGCGAAGACGGAGAAUGACAUAUGGUCUCUCUUUGUUACCAUGGCCAUCGCAAUGGAUACUGACGGGUUUCGGCGCAAAGCGCUCUACACGACCGCCCUGAGGAUCAUUGUGGUUCAAGAGGCCGCCGAUCACCCCUCGAUGGCGAUGAUGAGCAGCAUGGCCAAGGCGGAUCCCGCCGAGCGAGCAACAGCGGAGGAGAUGUUGAUCAAGCUGUUCAACGGCGAGGGAUGCAAGCGCAAGGCCCUGUCAGGAGCCCCGAAGACCACGGCGGCGUCUCAGCGACACGAUCCCUAUCAAAUUCGCCAGGCUAGUCGUCUCGCACAACAGCCGGCAGCGUCGGAGAAGGAGGAGAUGCGCGAGAUGGUUAGGGAGGCGCAGCGUCACAAUGACGAGAUGGAUUGGGAGAAGACUGGCACUGGGGUGCAGAAGGAAUAG